GGUCUAACAAACCGCGUGCAGUCCCUCUGUUUUAAAACUAUACGCACUCCUUUAUAACCUUCCAAUUAUCUUCCACCUCUCUUCUAUAACCCAAAAUUCAAUGAGUUCCAAUCAAGAAGAUCAUUUUGAUCGUCUUCCAGAUUCAAUUCUCCUCCUCAUCUUCAAUAAACUCCUUGAAGCUGAGACUUUAAUAAGAUGCCUCUCAGUCUCUAAGCGUUUUGCUUAUCUUAUUCCUCAAGUUGAUGCCAUUUUUCUUCCCCUCCCUCUCCAUGUGCCUAAUCCAAAACUAAGGCAAGUCUUACCCAUAAAAGUUCUCAAGAUCUUUGUACACAAGUUGAUCAUAAAACCCAUUCAAUUCCUUCAUCAAAUCAUUUCUGCCGGGCACGCCUCAAACUUCAAGUCUGACCAUUUCUUGUACUAUUCCCCUAAUGAAGUUCUGAAAAACUUCAAUGGAGUAAAAACUCUGCAUUUAAAGCUACCUUAUAUUGACUGUGAGAUGGGAUUCAACAGUGGUGAUUCGUUGCUCAAGUGGAAAGCUGAAUUUGGUGAAGAGCUCAAGAGUUGCAUAAUCCUAGGCGCAACCUCCUUCCAAAAGGGAACUUUUUCAUCAAGUACCAAUGGAAAAGAACGUGAAGAAGAAGGAGAAGAAGAAUUUCUGCAUCCAUAUUUAGCUGGAGAAGAGCUGAAAUCCCGAAUCAUGUGGACGAUAUCUUGCUUAGUAUCUGCGUCCGUGAGGCAUUGCUUCCUGAAACAGAUCGUUGCAGAGUGUCCUGCACUUCAAAGAGUAGUUAUCACAGAUACAAGAAAGCAAGGGAAGCUUUGCAUGGUGGAAGACCAGAUAGUUGAGCUGAGGAAUACUCUGAAGGGAACAUUACUAGAGUCGUCCUUGGAGAGAAUUCCAAUACCAAAAUUGCGCAUGAAGCUGUGGUACAAGCAGGUAAUGGAGUUGCCGGCAUCCGGGUUUGCCAUGAAAGGAGUUACAGUUAUGCUCAUCAAGCCUUCUGGUAAGGUGACAAAGGGAAAAAGUGAUGGGGAUUUGUUGGUGGGUGGUUUGGAUGGAGAGGAUGAAGAGAAGGCAGUUUUUGGAGAAGCUGUGAGAGAGAUGGUGAAGAGGAAGCCAACGUUUGUGAUGGAAAUGAGCUCCUUCUGAGUAUUCAAGUUGCAUAUUUCUUUGUUUUUGUAGAUAUGGUGAAUAGAAGUUUUUAACUGUUUGCUUUGAUUGUUGGGAUUAGAGUGAAGACCAAUGCAUGUAAGUUUUAGGGAACAAAAAUUACUACCAA